AUGAAUAAUCAAGUGCAGAAUAUAAAUGUUUUAAAUAACAAAUUAAAUAGUGAUGAUGAACAAAGUUUAAGCAAACCUUCAGCGAAGAGAUUCUAUAGUGUCGAAGAGGUGGAAGAUGUUGAGUUUUUAUCCGAUAAUCGUUAUAUUAGUGAUGUUGAUACUAAUCGUACUUUGACCUUGAGACACAACAAGACUCCGGUGGAAAAUGUUUCAGUGCCAGAAGAUAGUUUUAGUGUUAUUAAACCGAAUAAAAAUUAUGUUGUCGAGGAGAAUUUCAAUGAAGAGGAUGAAUUUGAAAUUAAAAAUAGCACUGAAGAUACUUUCCACAGGGCAGUGAGUCCAAUUCUCUUCUUGGGCCAAUGUUUUGCCUUAAUGCCUGUUAUGGGUGUUUUAAAUCCAAAUCCAAAACGUUUAAAAUUUUCCUAUAAAUCUCUACAAGUUAUUUUCACAAUAUUUUUCUUGUGCUCCAGCUCUAUACUGACCUUAACUAUGCUGAAGUUUUUAGUUAAAGUUGGCAUUAAUGCCAAGAAUUUUGUGGGUUUGGUUUUCUUUAGCUGUGUUCAGUGCUCCACUUUACUUUUUGCCUCUUUGGCUCCACGUUGGCCCAAUAUAAUGCGUUAUUGGUCUCGAGUGGAAACAACUUUCACCCAAAAACCCUAUGAAAUGCCAAAAAAAUCAUUGGCCAGUAGAGUGAGAGUUUCAGCAUUAUUGAUCAUAAUUGGUUCAGCUG